AGAAGAAAAAAAAAAAGUGAGGAGAGAACAAAGAAAUCAGAGUCUAUUUAAAGAGGAGCAGCCCGUGAGUCCCGCACUGCGCGCCGCACACACCGCCCGUGCACCUCCUCGGCUCCGGACGGCGGAGAGGAUGCGGACUUCCCUGCUCGCGUGCUGCUGCGUCUUCGCGCUGCAAUGCCUCCCGAGCACGCUCUGCCUCCCGCUGCGAGGGUCCGGCCGGUACAAGGGGGCCCCGGUCUCUGAAAGGUUCCCCGACCUGAAGAAGAGAGGGAAGGCUCCUCACGCUCAGGACGUAGUGAAGGAGACGAGUUUGUCAAACAACACCUCCAACACAUGGAACCGACCGCGCUGUGGUGUACCGGACUACCCCGCCCAAAAGGGGGUGCACCAUCGUGGACGACACCGCCAGAGACGCUUUGUCCUCUACGGAGGACGUUUGGAAAGAACGGACCUCACCUACAGGAUCGUCAGGUUCCCGUGGCAGAUGGGCGAGGAGAAGGUUCGACGCGUCUUCCGGGAAGCGCUGCAAAUCUGGAGUGACGUCACCCCGCUCACCUUCACUGAGAUCCACAGCGGGAAGGCCGACAUCCGCAUCGACUUCACCAGAUACUGGCACGGAGACAACCUCCCGUUCGACGGCCCGGGUGGGAUCCUCGCUCACGCUUUCUUCCCCAGAACCCACCGACAGGGGGACGUUCACUUCGACUAUGAUGAGUCCUGGACGCUUGGAAACCACAUGGGCACAGACCUUCUCCAGGUCGCUGCCCAUGAGUUCGGGCACGUCCUGGGCCUGCAGCACUCGCGCGAGCCAGGAGCCAUCAUGUCCGCAUACUACACCUUCUCCUACCCGCUGAGGCUGAGCGAGGACGACAAGCAGGGCAUCCAGUAUCUGUACGGAGUUCAUCCACAAGUCCUGCCCUCGCUGCCUCCGCCGCCGCCGCCACCCACCCCUCCUCCCUCCAACCCGGAGACCAACGAGAUCCCCACUACACCCGACGCCUGCCAGACGGACUUUGAUGCCGUGUCUAUGAUCCGAGGGGAGCUGUUCUUCUUUAAGUCGGGCUACGUGUGGCGGAUCAGGGACGGGCAUCUGGAGAGUGGUUACCCGGCGCUGGCGUCCCGUCACUGGAGGGGGAUUCCCGACAACAUCGACGCCGCCUUUGAAGACAAGUCGGGGAACAUUUGGUUCUUUCAAGGUGAGAACUACUGGGUGUUCGAUGCCGAGAUGCAGAUCCGAGGGCCGGAGUCCAUCCGCAGCUUGGGCCUGUCGGUGUCCGGGAUCCAGGCGGCGCUGCGCUGGGGCCACGACUCCAACUACAACACCUACUUCUUCAAGUCCGGCAGCUACUGGAGGUUCAGCCCCCGCGAGAACCGCCUGGAGUCCGUGUACCCGCGCAGCAUGCAGGACUGGAGCGGCAUCCCCGACGACGUGGACGCGGCUUUCAGGGACGUCUACGGCUACGCUCACUUCAUCCGAGGACGACAGUACUGGAAGUUUGACCCCGUCGGUAUGAACUCUUUGGAGGGAUACCCUCGCUACAUCGGCAUGGAUUUUUUCGGCUGCAGAAACGCGUGAGUCUUCAUCAUCGGAGAAUCGCGCGACUUUUUUUUUUUUUUGUUGUUGUUUCUUUUUGACAAUGAAGAGGAGUUUUUGUGAACAAAGACGUUUUGUAUGUUCGGAUUUCAAAAGGGGGCAAGACGACCUCCUUUAAAUCUGUUUGUGCUUUACUCCAUUUAUUGGUUCUCAGAUCGACUUCAGCUUCUUCUCAGGAAAACCAAGCGACGUUUCCUCAGACUUGGCGCCUCCUGUGCAGCUAUACUCAUAUUUAUUUUUUCACAUUCUGUCACCAGAAGCCUGAGAUCUGGGCCCUGCAUGAACCACAUGUGAACUGUUCUCACCUCCUGUCUUUGAGCCUGACGAUGACAUUCUGGUUCCCAGACAGAACAGACUCUUGUUCCCUUUAUUUCUUUGUAAAAUCGUGGAUGAGCCUGAGAUUCUCUUGUGUUUGAAGAGUGGCGUUAAACAGGCGGGUGUGUACGUGACUUUAAACCCAGAUAUCAAAGAUCCUGCGAUUUUAAAGAUGUGAGCACACGCGCAGGAGAUUUUCUGUCCCUCACUCACACGAAUCAGACGUAACGUUGUCGAGUCACUGAAACUGAAGCUUUAUGCUAAUUUGAACCAGAAAAUUGAAAUCAACGUUUGUUGCGUCAGGAUAAAGUCCGAGGUCAUUAAAUCUUUACAGAGGAAGAAGACGGAACAUCAGGUUAAUACGUGGAAACUGGGAUGGAAACAUGAUAUUUCUGUUUAAAGUAUCAUUUCAGGUUAUAGGUUUUAAAUGUGUCCCCCCCGUCACUGACAAGCGACGCUAAAGUCACGUGCUUUGAGCUCAGAGCAUCGCAAUUCAUUCCCCUUCGCUGGUUUCAGACCUGCACCGAAGUCCGAACAUUUCCCUGAAGUUUCCCCGAGAGGCUGUAGGUGAGAACGCAAACUGGACAUUUUAGAAACUUUUUCCAAGGAGAUUCGAGAUCUUUCUUUCGGGCGAUAAAGAUGAAAAUGAAAACACGGAGCUUUCUGCAGCAGAGAGAACAUUGUCCUGUUGUUGUGGACGAGUCUGAUCCGGACAAUCUCCUGCUGCUUCUUCACACGUGAGAGACAAACUCCUGACAAUGUCCAGAGUUCAUGUCUGACAACAGCUUCAGUCCGUUUUCAUUUGCACUUUAUCGCAUUUACUUUUAUUCCCACACCAACGUUUCCCCAGAUGAACAGAUGGAAGAAGCACUUUCCCACAGUGAGAGAGAGUCUGGACGGUUCUGGUCUCUGACGAAGACCUGAAAACUAUUUAUUUUUCUCGUCGGGAUCAGAUGCUUCUUUCUGUUGUGACUCGACUUUCCUACAUUAAAUCCAAUGUUUCCUUCGUUUCCUCCCUCAACAAAAUAUACAUUUUCCAAUUCAGUUUCCACAUGGGAAGAAAAUGUGAAAAUAUUAGCGCGCGUCACGUCCUGGUGUCACUCUUCCAACACAGCGAGUCAUCACCACUUAUCAGUCUGCAGGCCUCUGCUGCAGGACAAGCUCCAGGGCGCCACCUAGGGUGCAACUCUGUCUCCCUGCAGGCGGAGACAGUGUCCUCAUGUUUUUUUUGAAUCUCUCUCAUCCUGGAUGAAGUCGUUUCUUCUCCGUCACAUGGUGCUGUGUUCAGGUCGGGGAGUGGAACACGUUCAGGGACGUUCAGUGGUUCUCAGCCGGCUCAGUCACUCAGCAGCAGACUUUAGCUUCCACCCGGAUCCGAAAACACAAAGAGACAAAUACUUUAAAGCUGGAACUAACUCCUUUUAACGAGCUGCAAUCUCUGCAUGUCUUGUUUUUUCAUUCAUAUUCCAAAUACGCUCAGUUCACUGUCAUGUUUGACGGUGAAAAAUCGAAUCUUCACAUGUGAGAAGCUAGAAUAAAAUGUAUAUUUGAUAUUUUGCCCCAGAAGAUCGGUUAAAUGUCCAAAAUCUGAGUAUUAAUCAAUACAAAGAGGAAAUUUACCACCGUCCAUAAUUUAUUUUUAAUGUUUUUAGUCUGUAUAGUUUCUCUUUUUGGAGGAAACUUGAGUUUAGUACUAAAAGGUCAUAAAUGGUUCCAACAUCUUGAUUUCAUUUCAACCAAUUGAGGUUAGAAUCAUCCAGAAUUUAAGAGAAAAAGGAAUAUAAAAUAAAAAUAUAAUUUCUUGCCUCGUUCUCACGACUCUUCAGAUUUACCCGAUGAACUAAACAAAGUAAAGUAGUUAAAACUUCAUAACUUAAAAUAUAAUAAAACAUCAGUCACAACAGGAACUUCAGAAUUCAGGACUUUUACCAGAAUAUAUUUUUACUCACAUGGAGGAAGUGAGAACUUCUCCUCUGCUGCCGAGUGGAAGGAUCUGGACGUAACGCGCUCUCUGUGCGUCCAGACCGGCGGGUUGAGACCCACUGGUCCUGCUGAUGGGGACGUCUCCUCCUCUGUGUCCCUGCAGCACUUGAAGUGUCCCUUCAUCUCGUUUGUCUUUCAGUGCAGGACACUGAGUCGUUACAGUUUCAGUCAUUACAGACGUUGUUGUUCGAAUCAUUUCUUCAACUCAUCUCAAGUGUUAACUCUUUUACUGCUUUGAAAAAAUAUUUAUACGCAAUCGACUUAGCAAAUGUUUUCUUGUACAUACGUGUCCUUGAUUAUUAUGUUUUCGGAUUAACUUGUACAUUGAAAUGUAUGAACCGCAUAUUGUUUCUUUCUAAUAAAAUUAUAACCUUUUUACCAAA